AUGAAUGAAACAAAUAAUCAAGAAAGAACGACCCUUCAAUCAUUAUGCGGUCGCACGGUUAUCCGGGUUGGCAACAAUCGAGUCGUAAAAUCGGGCAAUAUCCGCUCCCAUGAAGCCUCAACACUUCAUUUCAUUGCGACAAACACAACAAUUUCUGUACCGAAAGUCCAUGAUAUUCAAUGGGAAGAUGGUAAAGUCGUGGGUAUUGUGAUGUACUACAUGCCUGGCAAGCGACUCGAUGAAGCAUGGGAUACUUUAGACUCCGAUCAGAAGCACUCCAUCGCAUCCGAGCUAUUGAUCGCGGCAAAGCCAUAA